AUGGUUUUUUCUUCUUCAUUUUCUUCCUCAACUAUCACAUCCAAAUUUAUUGGGUUUCUUCUUCUUAUCUCUCUUACGCAAGACUUGUCACUCGGCUCGGCUCUGCAUCAUAAAAACAACACUUCAUUUAGACCCAACAGAGAGAUUCAGAAGCAUAGAAUAGUGGAAGCAUAUCUAAAUAGCAUCAACAAGCCGUCCAUAAAAACAAUCCACAGCCCAGAUGGAGAUGUAAUAGAAUGUGUAUUGUCUCAUUUGCAACCAGCAUUUGAUCAUCCUCAGCUACGAGGGCAAAAACCACUGGAUUCGCCAGAAAGACCAAGUAGAGGAAAUGGAACAACAGAUGAGGAAAGUUUUAAUCAGUUAUGGAGUCAGUCCGGUGAAAGUUGCCCAGUUGGGUCAAUACCAAUGAGAAGAACAACAAAGAGUGAUGUUUUGAGGGCAAAUUCUGUUAGACGGUUUGGUCGGAAACUGAGAAAACCCAUCAGACGAGAUUCCUCCGGAGGUGGUCACGAGCAUGCGGUUGUUUUUGUAAACGGAGAACAAUACUAUGGAGCAAAAGCUAGCAUAAAUGUCUGGGCGCCACGUGUCACUGAUGCUUAUGAGUUUAGCUUAUCUCAGAUUUGGCUCAUCUCUGGCUCUUUUGGCCAUGACUUAAACACCAUUGAAGCUGGUUGGCAGGUCAGUCCUGAGCUAUACGGAGAUAACUAUCCAAGAUUCUUCACAUAUUGGACGACAGAUGCUUAUCAAGCAACUGGGUGCUACAAUUUACUCUGCUCAGGGUUCGUACAAACCAACAAUAAAAUUGCGAUUGGUGCAGCGAUUUCCCCGAGGUCCUCUUAUAAUGGAAGACAGUUCGAUAUCGGUUUAAUGAUUUGGAAGGAUCCAAAGCAUGGGCACUGGUGGCUUGAACUAGGAAAUGGACUUCUUGUGGGCUACUGGCCAGUCUUCUUGUUCAGCCACUUGAGGGGUCAUGCAAGUAUGGUUCAAUUUGGCGGCGAAGUUGUGAACAGCCGAGCAAGUGGUGCUCACACGGGAACGCAGAUGGGAAGUGGCCAUUUCGCAGAUGAGGGCUUUGAGAAAGCUGCCUACUUUAGGAACUUACAAGUUGUUGAUUGGGACAACAAUCUCUUGCCCCUGAACAAUCUCCAUGUCUUAGCCGAUCAUCCAGCUUGUUAUGAUAUCAGACAAGGCAAAAACAAUGUAUGGGGGACUUAUUUUUACUAUGGAGGGCCUGGUCGAAACCCUAGGUGCCCUUGA